AUGGAGGAAGCAGAAGAGGACGACAUGACGUGUGGAGACUUGGGAAAUGGGCUUGGGAGAAGACCUGUAGCUGUGUAUGCAGGCGAAAAUUCACAAAACUCGUGUUUACUGAGAUCGAGGAGGGGAUCUGGAAAGGAAGACGGUGAUGCUGCAGCUCUUCCCAGUUCAAAACGCAGCAGUUUUUACGAUGGAACAUCUAAAAAGCCUGCUACUAGUUCCACACGACAGAACAGCUGUGAAUCUAGUACUGAACUGUCAAAUGAAGAACUAAAGCAACAGCUUCAGGAAGCUCUAGAGGAAGUUGAACUUUUGAAAGUUGAGCUUGAAGCAUCACAAAGACAGCUUGAAGGAAAAGAUGAAGCCCUCAGAAUUCUGCAGAGCAUGGCAGUAUUUAAUAAAGCUACUAGUCACACGAAAGCAAUGCUUCAGAAAACUGAGGAAGAAAAGAGAACUUUAGAAAAGGAAAUAAAUAUUUUGCAAUGGGAAAUUGAAUUUGAUCAGGAUAGAUUUAAGAACAUGGAAGACACGUGGACAGAAAAGUAUGACAGGAUAUAUUGUGAAAAUUCAGCUCUUAAGGAAGCAUUGAAACUGAGAACUGAAGAAGUUAAAACUCUUAAAGCUGAAAAUGCAAUCCUGAAUCAGCAGUGUUUGGAAUUUCUUGCAAUGCUAGAUGUGAAACAACAGAAGGUUGUUCAGGAAAACAUGUCCUUGAAUAAAAGUGGCAUUAUGGAUUUUACAGGUCUUGAACUGGCAGUUCUUGGAGCCUGCACCUGCAAUACUUCUGGGGGGCAACCUUGUCCCUGUGCUAAAAUGGCAGCUGUAACUCGAAAGCACCUUCUUCAUCUCAAGCGAGAGAUUGAAAAUCUGAAGAAGAGUAAAGAUGAAGCAUAUAUAAUGGCAGAUGCCUUCAGAAUUGCAUUUGAGCAGCAGCUAAUGCAGAGGAAGGACCAAGCCCUGAGGCUUGCAGAAGUGAUAAAGAUUAAGAAGGGAACAAAGUUUAUGAACUGGAGACGUCUGAAAGACGAUGGGCGUGUCAAGUUACCCGGGAACAGGAACAGCCUGGGACAAAAGCUAUCCGGCCUGCUCUCAUCAGACGUGGAUGGCAGGAAAGUCGAAGAGCUAGACAACCCUCACGAAGUUCUGAAGAUGCUGAUCGAUUUGGUAAAUGACAAAGAGGAGGCUCUGGCUCACCAGAGAAAGGUCAGUUACAUGCUAGCUCGAGCGAUGGAGGCGAAAGAGGCCGUUCUGGGAGAGGAUCAAGGGAACGGCGCGCUGGGGCGUCGUCGGGACGCAGCCCCGGCCUCGUCGGGCCCUGAACACGCCCGCUGCUGGAACCGUCGCUCUCAGCGCAGUGUCUCCGCAGCUCCCAGCGCAGAAACGUUGGAGAAUCCAGUGAAGACGCUUCGGAAGUCACGCUCCUGGCCCAGCGAGGCCGUGCGCCGCGCGGGAAAGGGGACGGGGCGGCAGUGA